GCUGGACGAGGAGUUCGUCCUUUUCUCAAAACCCCAGUCACCGACAGGUGGUUUAUUUAUUUAUUUAUUUUUUUUUUUUUUUAAUUUCGUUACCGUGGAACCGAAUAGUGAAACCAGCCAAGAUUGGACAAAGCAUAGACGGAAGGAUCGUGGCUGAAGGAGGCUCCUGUCAGCCAUGGGGACGGCCAAGAUGAAACAUCUUUGGCCGUUGGUGGCGUGGAUACUUCUAUCCUUGUGUCCAGCCGAAUCCUUGCGAGGAUUUGGUCACGGACCGAGGAGGGAAGUGUUCUUUCUCAACCUCGAGGAUGGCUACUUCGGCUGUCAGGUAAACGAGUCGACGGACAUCCUACAGCUCCUCGAAUUAUCCAAACUGUGCGACAACCACGUCGACUGCUACCAAGGCACAGACGAGCAACGCGACAGACUAAAGUGCACAGACGACUGCACAAAGGAGGACGGGACCAAGUGUCUGAACGGCGUCUGUUUGGACUCCGUCUGCCAUUGUAACGACGGUUUCGGCGGGUGCAAUUGUCAGGUACCAGACGAGAACGAGUGCAAGUACCGACCCUGUGAUAUAUUCGCGCACUGCACGAACACCCUGGGUAGCUUCCAAUGUUCCUGUUUCCCCGGCUACCAAGGCGAUGGUUUCCAUUGCGAAGACAUCAACGAGUGCGAUAACCCGGUUUUCGCUGCUAGAUGCGUCGAGAACGCGGAGUGUUGCAAUCUUCCGUCGAAUUUUCUAUGCAAAUGCAAGUCCGGUUACAUUGGCGACGGCGAGGUGCACUGCGAAGACGUGAACGAGUGCGCGAUCGCUGGCGCGUGCGGCGACAAUACUAUCUGUCAUAACACGCCGGGCAAUUAUACUUGUACCUGUCAGCAAGGCUACACGGGAGACCCGUACGAAACUUGUAUCGAUUUCAACGAAUGCGAAUACGCGGGUGCCUGCGGACGGAACGCCCUGUGUGUGAAUAUAGCGGGUGGUCACAAGUGCCAGUGUCCCGAGGGCUAUAACGGCGACCCGGAGGUAGAAUGCGAGGACGUCGACGAAUGUGCGCGCAACCCUUGCGGUCGUUCAGCUCACUGCACAAACGUGCACGGCAGUUUCCGCUGCUCCUGCCCGGAAGGAAUGAGCGGCGAUCCUUGGGUAGGCUGCCACGAUAUCGACGAAUGUACAGCGUUAGAAAAUCCUUGUGGCAGGUAUGCUGUGUGCAAGAACACAGAUCCUGGCUACAACUGCGUCUGUCCUCCAGGAUAUAGUGCCAACCCUAAUCCAACAGUCGCUUGUGACCAGACCGACGUGACGACUCUUUGCAAAUCGAACUUCGACUGCGUUAAUAACGCCGAGUGUAUCGAGGGACAGUGUUUCUGCAAGGACGGGUUCAAAGCCGUGGGAGCUGAGUGCGUGGACCUUGACGAGUGUCUUUCGAAUCCUUGCGGGCCCGCGUCGAUCUGCGGCAACACUAGAGGCAGCUAUCAUUGCGAAUGCGAGUCCGGUUUUGUUGGAACCCCACCGCACAUACCAUGCAAGGCACCGUGCGACGAAGUAACUUGUGGAGAACACGCGUUCUGCAAAGCGGAUGGUCACGAAGCUUAUUGUAUCUGCGAGGAUGGCUGGACGUUCAAUCCCAAUGACAUUGCAGCUGGAUGCGUUGAUAUAAACGAAUGCGAUGCGAUAAAUGGCCCCUCUGGCCGUUGUGGAAAGAACGCGAUUUGUACGAACACUCUGGGUGGAUUUACUUGCCAGUGCAAGCCCGGCUUCUCAGGCAACGCCUUUAAACAAUGCAUGGACGUAGACGAGUGUACCAGGCAGGAUGCCUGUGGUCACGGUGCCGCCUGUACCAACACCGAGGGCUCCUUCUCGUGUACUUGCCCGGAAGGAACCAUUCCGGGUCCAGAUCCGUACAUAAAGUGUGUUGGUAUAGUUACCUGCGAAGAUGACAGCGACUGUCCAGGGAAUGCUAUUUGCGAUCCGCAGAAACGAUGCUUGUGUCCUGAGCCCAAUGUUGGAAACGAUUGUAGACAUCCGUGCGAGGACUUAUCCUGUGGACCGAACGCCCACUGCAUGUUGUCCAACGACGUGGCCACUUGUCUAUGCCGCAAUGGUUACACAGGGAAGCCCGGGGUGAAGGGCGGCUGUAGAGACAUCGACGAGUGUGCUAUCAAUCCGUGCCCACAAGGUGCGAUUUGUAACAACGAGCCAGGAUCGUUCUCUUGCCAAUGCCCAAGCGGUACCACGGGCGAUCCUUAUAGCGGUGGGUGUCAGGAAUCGAAAGCUCCCCACGUUUGCGGACCGAGCACUCCUUGCCCCGCUGGCGAGCAGUGCAUCAAGGAUGAAUUCGUGGGAAGUAGUGUAUGCAUCUGCCAAAGAGGGUACACGAGGGACCACGAGACAGGGAAGUGCAGGGAUAUCAACGAGUGCAUGGAGCUCAGGGACAAGCCUGCUUGUGGCGUAAACGCUAUUUGUAAAAAUUUGCCCGGAAGCUACGAGUGCCAGUGCCCACCUGGGUUUAACGGAAAUCCGUUCUCUCUUUGCGAGGAGUGCAACAGCAUCGAAUGUCAAUGUCAGCCACCUUACAAGAUUGUCAAUGGGAAAUGUAUGUUGGCUGGGUGUUCCAAGGGUGAGAAAUGCCCAACUGGCGCGGAAUGCAUCACUAUCGCUGGCGGAGUGAGCUACUGUGCUUGUCCCAAAGGAUACACCACCAAGAGCGACGGUUCCUGCGAUGAUAUAAACGAGUGCAUAGUGGGACACCAAGUGUGCGGCUACGGAGCGGAGUGUAUAAACCUCCCAGGCUCGCAUCAAUGCGUCUGUCCACACGGCUACGGUGGAGACCCGUACAAUGGACUCUGUUCUCCAGCUCAGAAACGUUGCACUGGCGACAACGAAUGCAAAGCUAACGAGAAAUGCGUGCAACCUGGCGAGUGCGUCUGUCCCCCGCCGUUUUACACAGACCCUCUUGAUGGGAACCUUUGCAAGAAUCCCUGUGAUCGAUUCCCUUGCGGUAUUAAUGCCAAAUGUACACCAAGCGAUCCUCCGAGGUGCAUGUGCGAGGCCGGCUAUGAGGGAGACCCGCAACACGGUUGCGUGGACGUGAACGAGUGCGCUAACAACCCCUGCGGACACGGCGCCUACUGCAUCAACACCAGAGGCGAUCAUAUCUGCGAGUGUCCAAGGGGAACAGUCGGCGACCCUUAUGGAGGUGGAUGCACCGGUGUCGCAGUUCCGAAGAACGAGUGCUCAUCUAAUGACGAUUGUGAUAAUUUGUUCGCCUGUGUUAACGGAAGAUGCGUGAACCCUUGCGAUAAUAUACCUUGUGGACCGAACGCCUACUGUGAGCCAGAUAAGCACGCAGCUUGGUGCAGGUGCGUGAUUGGAUUCGUCGAGGGCAAGAACAACGAAUGUGUUUCACAAUGUGACGGUUUCGUCUGUGGAUCUGGGGCACAGUGCAUUGUGAGCUACGAUGGGCCGACUUGCAAGUGCAUAGAAGGUUUUAUGGGUAACCCGUUCCCCGGUGGCCAGUGUCAACCGGAUGUUUGUUCCCCGGAAGUGCCAUGCGUAGAGCCAAGUGUCUGUAUAAGCGGAAGAUGUAAACGUCGUUGCGAAGGUAUCGUUUGCGGAGUGGGAGCUUCUUGCGAUCCGGCGACCAAUAAAUGCGUGUGUAAUCCGUACUUCAUUGGGAAUCCUGACCUCCUCUGCAUGCCACCGAUUCAGCCAGCAAUUUGCGAUCCCGGUUGCGGGGUCAAUGCCCACUGCGAGUACACUCUGCAGGAAUCGAAGUGCGUGUGCAAUCCAGGUACCACAGGAAAUCCAUAUCACGGUUGUGGCGUUCAAGAAAAAUCCGAUUGUUCCACUGCGCUUUGCGGCAAGGAUGCACAUUGCAACGUUAGUCCAAACGCAGUCGAAUGUUUGUGUCCACCUGGAUACGCCGGAAAUCCGUAUAUUCAGUGUCAUGAUAUUAACGAGUGCAACGGGAACGCGUGUGGAAGCAACGCAGUCUGCAUAAACACAAUCGGCAGCUACGAUUGUCGUUGCAAAGAAGGCUUAUUCGGCAAUCCGUUCAUCGGUUGUCAACAGGUACAAGUCGGCCCUUGCACGGAUCCGGCGACGUGCACUUGCAGCGACUCGGUCCCCUGUCCAUUCGACUAUAGCUGCGCGUCUGGCAAAUGCGUCAACCGUUGCAGCGACGUGAAAUGCGGCCCGAGAUCAGUCUGCCAGGACGGAGCUUGCAUCUGUCCGCCCGGCUACAGCGGCAAUCCGAACGACCUGACCACAGGAUGCCACCCGCACCGUCACUGUUCCAACGACUUCGACUGUGAACCUCAACAAAUCUGUUUCCAAGUAGGCAAAGGCGUCAGAAAGUGCGUGGACGCUUGCAGCAAACUACAAUGCGGCCCGAACGCUCUGUGCGUAACUCAAAAUCACGUGUCUUCAUGUUUGUGCAUCGACGGAUACCAAGGAAAUCCUAGCAACCUGGUAGAAGGCUGUCAACCCUCAAAAUCUGUGAUAACGUCUGGGUGCACUCACGAUUCUGAUUGCGCUCAAGGGUCAUUCUGUAUUCUCUUAGACGGUGGUAUUCGCGACUGCGUGAAUCCUUGCAGUAAAGUGGUCUGCGGUGCGCAUCAGAAGUGCGAGCCUGAUAUAAUUCCUGGUCACGCCACUUGCAAGUGUCAGGACGGUUACGAGUGGAAUCCAAUAUUAUCUUCUUGCGAGAAACCAUCUGUCCCUGAUUGCAUCUCCGACGACGAUUGCCACGCGAAGGAAGCCUGUCGACCGGAUGCUCUUGGAGUUUUGAAAUGUACCUCGGUGUGUCGAAGCUUUACCUGUGCUGUGAAUUCUCAGUGCGUGGCGGAAAGACACCGCGGCCGCUGCGAGUGUCUACCCGGUUUCAUUGGCAAUCCGAACGAUCGUCAGGGUUGCCAGACACCCAGGAAGGACCAGUGUUCCUCUGACAGUGAAUGUCCUGAAGAUCAGACUUGUAGAACCGUCAAAGAUGGCCUUCGCACCUGUCAACCGGUCUGCAAUUUCGUAUCCUGCGGUCCGAAUGCGCUUUGCGUGGUCCACAACCACGUCGCCAACUGCGAAUGUCCACCUGGCCUCUACGCCGGUGAUCCUAACGACGUCAUUCAAGGAUGCAAAUCAGUCCCUUGCGUUUAUAAUUUGGACUGUCCGCCCACUCAAUUGUGCAACAGAUUAACGCAUACCUGCUACGAUGCCUGUGAUGAAAACGCUUGCGGUGUGAAUGCAGUGUGCAUAGCAGAUGAUCACAGAGCAAUUUGCCAAUGUCCACCUGGGCUGAAGCCUAAUCCUGUUCCUGACGUCGAGUGCAUUGCUAUUGAAGCCUGUCACCCUAAUCCUUGUCACGAAACGGCUAUCUGCAUUCCUGGACCGUCAAACAAUCCCGUUUGUCAGUGUCCCUCCAAUUUUGUUGGAGAUCCUUACGGGAAAGGGUGUCAACCGGAAGGAUACUGCGCUGGUGCCAAGGACUGUCCUGUGCAGUCCAUUUGCCUCAAUCAUCGUUGCGUUAAUCCUUGCGAGAACGCCUGUGGACCGAAUUCCAUCUGCGAACUAAUUAAUAGCCAGCCAACGUGCAAGUGUAUUCAUAGAUUCAUUCCAUCUUCCAAAGGACCUCAGGAUGGAUGCGUGCGUGCUAUGAAUUAUUGCCAUAUUGAUGCAGACUGUGAGGAGAGCGUGUGCCUCGAAGGACAGUGUAUAGCUGUAUGUCGCGCAGCUACUGAUUGCUCAACCGGCGAGAAAUGCGUGAACAAUAGGUGCGUGGUGCCUUGCGUAACUCACACGCAAUGCGAAAACGAUCGAGCUUGUCUUAAUGGAUUCUGUGUCCUGGGCUGCCGGAGCAACAAGGAUUGUCUCUCAACAGAAGUCUGCCUUGAUAACAAAUGUCAAGAUCCUUGCAAGAGUAAGAACGUCUGUGGUCCAAACGCGAUCUGUAGCUGCGUGAAUCACGCCACGGCCUGCACCUGUCCUCUCGGCUUUCACGGAAAUCCCACGCCUCAGCAGGGCUGUGUUCGAGUUCCGAACAUUUGCGAGGGUCCUCAUGAUUGUCCUAGUCAGCACGUGUGCGUUUCCGGUUUCUGCCAGUGUCAGUGCAGCGAGCAGAACAACUGCGCCGAAGGCGAACGUUGCAAAAAUGGAGUCUGCAUAAAAGUGUGCUAUAGUGAUAGUAAUUGUCUGCCAGGUGAAUUGUGCAUCGACGGUGGCUGCGAAGUGGGCUGCACCUCUGAUGCUGGGUGCAAUGAUAAUGAAGUCUGCAUCAACAACAAGUGCAAAUGUAGUCAUGGAUUCAUUGCUGGGCCAGAACACUGCCUCGAUAUCAACGAAUGCGAUGACCAACCAUGCCAUUCCAGUGCGGAGUGCAUCAAUCUGCGUGGUUCCUACCGCUGUGUCUGUCCGCAAGGCACAGCCGGCGAUCCAGUCGGUUCAGGAUGCAUAAUUCCUCAUCAAUGCAAUUUGCACGUGGACUGUCCGGACUCGCAAGCUUGCAUCCAACACAACUGCACCGAUCCUUGCACUCUAGUCGACUGCGGGCUUAAUACGAUCUGCUCGGUUCUUGACCACACGGCCUCCUGUCAAUGUCAGCCUGGUUACAUCGGUGAUGCCUCGGGCUGCUUCAAAGUAGAGUGCCUUUCAAACAACGACUGCCCCACGGACAAGUAUUGCAAUGAAGACACCAACAAAUGCAGCACUGUAUGUCGCGCAGCUACUGAUUGCUCAACCGGCGAGAAAUGCGUGAACAAUAGGUGCGUGGUGCCUUGCGUAACUCACACGCAAUGCGAAAACGAUCGAGCUUGUCUUAAUGGAUUCUGUGUCCUGGGCUGCCGGAGCAACAAGGAUUGUCUCUCAACAGAAGUCUGCCUUGAUAACAAAUGUCAAGAUCCUUGCAAGAGUAAGAACGUCUGUGGUCCAAACGCGAUCUGUAGCUGCGUGAAUCACGCCACGGCCUGCACCUGUCCUCUCGGCUUUCACGGAAAUCCCACGCCUCAGCAGGGCUGUGUUCGAGUUCCGAACAUUUGCGAGGGUCCUCAUGAUUGUCCUAGUCAGCACGUGUGCGUUUCCGGUUUCUGCCAGUGUCAGUGCAGCGAGCAGAACAACUGCGCCGAAGGCGAACGUUGCAAAAAUGGAGUCUGCAUAAAAGUGUGCUAUAGUGAUAGUAAUUGUCUGCCAGGUGAAUUGUGCAUCGACGGUGGCUGCGAAGUGGGCUGCACCUCUGAUGCUGGGUGCAAUGAUAAUGAAGUCUGCAUCAACAACAAGUGCAAAUGUAGUCAUGGAUUCAUUGCUGGGCCAGAACACUGCCUCGAUAUCAACGAAUGCGAUGACCAACCAUGCCAUUCCAGUGCGGAGUGCAUCAAUCUGCGUGGUUCCUACCGCUGUGUCUGUCCGCAAGGCACAGCCGGCGAUCCAGUCGGUUCAGGAUGCAUAAUUCCUCAUCAAUGCAAUUUGCACGUGGACUGUCCGGACUCGCAAGCUUGCAUCCAACACAACUGCACCGAUCCUUGCACUCUAGUCGACUGCGGGCUUAAUACGAUCUGCUCGGUUCUUGACCACACGGCCUCCUGUCAAUGUCAGCCUGGUUACAUCGGUGAUGCCUCGGGCUGCUUCAAAGUAGAGUGCCUUUCAAACAACGACUGCCCCACGGACAAGUAUUGCAAUGAAGACACCAACAAAUGCAGCAGUCCUUGCAAUCAGAUGAACUGUGGAUAUGGCAAUUGCAUAGCUUCUGACCAUAUUGGAAUAUGCAAAUGCUUCCCCGGAUUUGAGUUAGCCGGUGAUAUUUGCAUAGACCUUAACGAGUGCCUGGAGAAACCUUGCCACUCUUCUGCCACCUGUGAGAACACAGAAGGCUCUUACGCCUGCGUGUGCCCUCAUGGUUUGGUCGGAGAUCCAUUCAAGUCCGGCUGCAAACAGCCUGGAGACUGUUUCGCGGAUUACGAUUGUCCAAACUCGGCUGCUUGCGUCGACAACAGAUGUACAAAUCCCUGCGAUCUGUCGCCCGUUUGCGGAAGGAAUGCUGAAUGCUUCGUUCGCGAUCACGUUCCACUUUGCAGAUGUCCUGGCCAAACCACAGGCAAUCCAGCAUGCCAGUGUCCUGCAGAGACACGACCGACUGCAACGACGGAAACACCUGUCGAGACAACGUGUGCCUCCCGAUCUGCUCCAGCGACAACGAGUGCGCGUUCAACGAGAAAUGCGUCCGCGGCAACUGUCUACUGA